GCCCCUGGACUAGGCCCAAAGGCCGGGCCAGUAGUGACUUCACUACUGUGUGGGGAGCAGAGGGAGUGAGGACUGGGGGGGACCCAGGCCCAGAGUGGGGGCCGCUGGCUAGAGCUAACCUGAGCCUGACUGCUCCCUGCAGCACCCCAAGGGCCCUGGGUCCCUGCCCCAGCCACAAUGGAGGUGGACGGAGGUGCUGAGGACCCUAGUCUCUGCUCGGGCCCCCAGGACUGCCGGGCAGGUCAGGGGGCAAAUCCCCAGCUUGGAGGAGUCAGGUGAGAGCCCAGCUUCCUGGAGCCAUCCAGGAAAUGACCCCCGGAGCCUGUGGGGACACUUGAGUGAUUGUGCCCAACAAUGGACAAAGGAGGCUGGGGUUUCCGGAGCCCGAACGCCUUACACCGCCCAGCCUGCCGAUCUGGUGAGUCGGCUGAAACCUAUAAAGCCGGGUCCGCUGGUGCUCAGACACAGUCAGGGGCCAAAGACAGGCAUGGGGAUGCAGUCCGUUCUGUUGGGCCGGGUUCUGGUGCUGCUCUGUGCGUCCACAGCUUGGGGUGAUGUCCUGGUACAGCCAGAUUUUGAUGCCAAGAAGUUCUCAGGCCUCUGGUACGUGGUCGCCAUGGCCUCCGACUGCAAGGUCUUCCUGGGCAAGAAGGACCACCUGCUGAUGUCCACCACGGCCAUCACCGCCGGGGCUGGGGGCAACCUCAACGUCCACAUGGAGUUCCCUUGGGGUGACGGCUGCAACCGCAUGGACGCCGAGUUCCUCAAGGUGGGCGCCGAGGGACACUUCAGAGUCCCAGACUUGGGCUACCUGGACGUGCGCAUCGAGGAAACCGACUACAGCUCCUUCGCCGUGGUCUACAUCUACAAGGAGCUGGAGGGGGCGCUCAGCACCAUGGUGCAGCUCUACAGCCGAACCCAGGAGGCGAGUCCCCAGGCCCUGAAGGCCUUCCGGGACUUCUACCCGACCGUGGAGCUCCCGGACGACAUGACGGUCAUGCUGCCGAAGUCAGAUGCGUGCUCCUCGGGGGGCCAGGAGGCACCCUGACAGCUCUGGAGACUCACCUGGGCCCUUCCCAGGUGGAGGACAGGGGCAAGCCGGAGCAGCAGGCCUCGCUCGGCACCCCACGCCUCCCAGACCCCGGCCUUCCCUUUACUCCAGGCCUUGCCCACCUCCUCCUGCUCACCCCCAUCCCCAGUGCCUCCCGCUUCCGCUCAAUAAACUGA